AUGGCGAGUGGCGACCAAGAUCGCUCCAAAUGCUGCUUCCUGGAGUGGAUGAAACUCCAAGAGCGAGACCUGUCGGAGCUCCUCCAAGCCCUAACCCUGACCCCCCAAAACGAUGCCGAAUUGACCAAGCUUGCCCAGAAGGCAAUCGAGCACUUCGAGUCCUACAUCUCCCAGCGCUCCUCCCUCUCCCGAAACGACGUCGCAUCCUUCUUCUCCCCCUCCUGGUGCACUCCCUGGGAGAACUCCCUCUUCUGGAUCGCCGGCUGCCGCCCCUCCGCCUUCAUCCGCCUCAUCUACGCCCUCGACGGCGCCGACAUCGAGUCCAAGCUCUCCGAAAUUCUCCGAGGCAAGACCGUAGGCGAUAUCGGCGACCUCUCGGCGCGGCAGAUGCGGGCGGUGGACGAGCUGCAGCGGCGGACGAUUCGGGAGGAGGAGAGGCUGACGGCGAGGCUGGCGGGGCUGCAGGAGGACGUGGCGGAUCAGCCGAUCUCCGCCAUCGCGAAAGGCGUCGACCGCAUCGGAGAAAUGAGCGGAGAGAUCGAGAAGGUUCUGAACGAGCACGAGCAAUCCAUGGCUGAGGUUCUGGAGGAGGCUGAUAAGCUCAGGCUGAACACGCUGAAGGAGAUUCUGGGGAUUUUACGUCCGGUGCAAGGGGUAGAAUUUCUGGCCAUGAGUAAGAAGCUUCAUCUCUGUGUUCAUGAGUGGAGUAAGAAGAGGGAUCAGAAUAAGCAUGACAUAGAAAAUCACUAG